AUGAAGAUGGAAAAAAUUACCUCCGAUGAGAAAAUGGCGGCUGCGCCACGUGACCUGAGGGACGACCUGAUGGAGGCCCAGGAGCACGCCGCGCGGUGCAUGCUGGUCCAGCGUGAAAAGCAGGCCGAUGAAGGACUCCUCAUGGCACUAUCAGAUGCCCUGAGUCGGAUCAGAGAACGCCGGGCACGAGAGCAGGUCCGCCUUGAAACCGUCACGUCCAUCAAACAGCUGCACGAGUGGUACGAGUACGGCAAAGCCAUACUGAAGCACGGGGACGGACUGGAAGCCAUCUUACGGUUCCGAAACGAGCUCAAAUGGCUGAAGAAAUUCUACCGCUCCUUACUCGAGCAUAUCUACAAGUAUCUUGAGAAAUACUUCUGCAUAGAACGUCACACGGACCACAAUCUUCAAGGUGAACUAAACAGAAUCAUGGUCGAAACGAAGGAUGUGAAAACUCUGCUGGAUCAGCAUUUUGUCGAUGCGAAUGUGCUGCGUCCGAAUGUGCAGGAUAAGGACCCUGUUGUCAGCCUCGUGCCCUUCCUGUACCUGGAGUUACGUCAUCUGAUCGACCUUUUCCAUGAAUGGAGAGUUCAUGUCAGAUUUAGAAACAAGCUUGAGGAGGUUGAGCAGCGCCGCUGGUUGGUCAGACGACAGGAGAUGCAAAGGCGUCACGUGAUCGAUGACAUCAGCGAGAGGAUCGUCGCAGUCACGCGAGAAAUGGCGGAUCGCGAGACGAGACUACGUCACAACAUUUCCGGAUUGGAGAGAGUAAAAGUAGUCAUUUCUCAAGAGAAGGGGAUUCAUGACGAAAUUGAAGUGCUGGAACUGGAGUUAGAUGGGUUGCUAUGGGAACGGACGAAGCUUCAGAAAAUGGCGGUCGACAUGAAAGACGAACUCCGGAACAUCCCGAACAAGCGAGACUACAAGCGGGACAAGAUAAAGAACGAACAGAGAAAAGCAGUCGCCGAUUUUGAUAAAAACCAAGCGAGGAUCAACGACAAAAGAAGAAAACUUGAGGAAAAAUACAGAGUCAAAGACUGGUACGAGAAAUCCGAGCACAACCUGGUCAGCAUCACAUUGGAGAUUGCAGACGACAGGAGGAGGAUUGCAGGUCUCGCGAGGCUGCGCGAGACUUUGGAGCGAGAGCGAGACAGUGCGAGAAAGAGGUUGCAAGAUCUGAAUGCGUCUGCUACGAAUGUGGAGCUGAAGUUACACUCGCUUCACACCGAUUACCUGUACGCUAUGAGGAGCGUGGAACAGGUCAGACGAAUCCAAUGGCAAGUGGACGGAGGGGUGGACUCGGAGAGGGGCGUGAGGGUGAGGCCAAACGAAGUGCGGGUCAGUGACCUUAAAAAGAGAGGGGAGCCUUGGUACGACAUGACGUCACACCCCCGCGGCAGGGUCAUUGUCAUCAAUAAUGACUCCCACUGCACCAUGUAUGACGACUAUCGUGACGUCAGACAUCUGACAGACGUAUUUGAACAGCUGGGCUUUACCGUGACGCUAGAAGAGAACAUCACUGCCGCGGAGCUGGAGAGCCAGGCGUCCCGGUUAGCGGAGGAGGACACCUCGGGUAGCGCGUUGGUGGUGGUGGUGCUGAGCCCGGGACAUGGCCGCCGUCUGCACGGCUCAGAUAAACACGGCAUCUCACACCGGGACUUCAUGGCACAAUUUCAGAAUGUAGUUGGCAAUAACAUGAAGGGGAAGCCGACGCUGUUCCUAUUCAUGGACACCCCUUCCGGAAAUGACGUCACGACCACCAAUGACGACGACUUUUACAGCAGAUUCUACGAACCUGAUUGGCCGACGAACGACGAGGACCAAGAUGGCGGAACUGAGCAUGACGGGACGUCUAAAAGUGACGUAUUCGUCGCGUCAUGUCCAUCCUAUGGGUAUCUCUCGUGCAAGGACUUCGUACAAGGCACUUUAGCCGCACAAACAUUUGUCAAAUAUCUCACACAUUUUGCGGCAACGGAAGAUUUUACGACAAUACUCCAGCGCAUACGGCGCGAGCUGCACACGCGCAGUAGCGUCAAGGCGUCAGCUGUUUGCGAUGGCAACUGCGCAGACGCAGAAGACGAAGAGAACCCGCAAGGUUCUACAACAGAUAACGGUCUCUCUUACUUGUGUUUCCCUUCGAAAAAGUUGUACUUCUUCCCAGGGGUAUAAAAUUUUGAAGUUAUGUUUUGAGAUUAAACCGCUUUCGAGCUCCCUGUAGAUACCUGAUGAAUAAUAAGCAACAUUAUACAUACAUGUAAUGAAAAUGUUUCGCUUAGAAUAUACUAAAGAUUCCUAGAAAAUAUUAGUCCGAUUUGUGUACAAAUAUGGUAUUGCAGUGUAUAUCAUAUACAAUGGGCCUGGAAAUUUGUCAAUUUGUAACGCAUACUUUACCCUGUAUAUCGACACUGUAUUGAGAUGGGAAUCUGAUUUUGGCGUCAUUGUGACUUUUAUUAGACCACAAAUUUAAUCAUGUUAGGCCACAGCAAGUAAAGUUAAUGGAUUGCAUCUUCCGCAGACUCCAAAUGUAAUGCAAUAGUGCGAAAUAUCGUCUGUGUAUUUGUCAAUGAAGACCCUGUUACAUGUUCUGGUACAGUAUCAAGACAUCCAAGUUGAGGUAUUCUUGAAAUAUAACAUACAGUAUGUUUGUGGAUGUGUUGGACGAAAUUCAGCUGUGUUAACUUUUAAGUAUUUGUCAUUGUAUAUUUAUGGUCACUUCUAUUACUGCAAAAGUAAAAUGUCCUAUGACAAAA